UGGGGCCCAACCAAAUCUCUGCCCUGAGAUCCAGGCAACAAAGCCGUCGUUGGCUUCUUUUUGAUUGGGUGGUGUACUUGUCCGUGAGCCUGGGCGACGAAUAGGCUCCGCACCUCGGGAUCCACCAUCGGAAAUGCGCUCACGUUGUGCCGAUCCACCGCGCUGUGCCAGCCCCGACCCGCCUGUACUCGCUACCCUCCUCCUUCAGCACGAGCCUGCUUCGCCGAGCGACCGUCAUACUGGCCUCCAGGAGAAGGAAAGACCGUGGCACGGCCGAGAGAGCAACGGUGGCCCAACGGAAGAAGAACAGGCUCUUUCACAAAUGACUGAAGCAAAUCACCCGCACCGAAAAAUAGGAGGAAAAAUCUCGAAAGCCAGUUAUUGUCCAGUGAUUUGAUGACCGACGGGAAUGAAAUUUAGAGCCGCUCUCUUAUCCAGCAACAUUUCAUCCGCCACCGUGGAGCACAAGGGGGAUAAGAGUCUGACUUCUUUUGAUAGCCAUCUUUUUAAGACAAAAGGGAGCAGUCAAGUGUUAUAACUUCACACAGAGACGAACCGACGGUGCUGCGCUGCCCCCUAUGGCUAAAGCAGGGAAGAUGUGGAGCAGCCUGCGCAGCCGCUGCCACACCCUCCUCCACCUGGACGGGCCCUGCGAGGCCAUGGACGUGGGCCCCUGUGGCAGCGCCGCGUCCCGGGCAGGCUGCUCAGGCGAGCCCCAGGCUUUCCGGGCCUCCAGCCCCGCGCGGAGCCUCUCCCCCUUAACCCCUCUGGUGGUGCCCAGACGUGGCGUCGGCAUCGGCAGCGGGCACAACUGCGUGACGGACGGCCCCCAAAUCCUGGAGAUCACACUGGACAGGGACGGCGAGGACUUGCGGCGGGGGCCCGGCGGCGCCACCUUGGGGCGUAGGGACUCGUACUCGCGCCACGCGCCCUGGGGCGGCAAGAAGAAGCACUCCUGCUCCACCAAGACCCAGAGCUCCCUGGAGGCCGAGCGCAGGGUGGGGGGCCGCGCCUCGCGGGCCGCGGGCAGGCGAGAGAGGCGCUACGCCGUCAGCUCCAUCCAGGAGAUGGCUGAGCCUGGUGGCGGAGGUGGUGGAGGAGGAGGUGACAGGGGAGGGGGGUCGUCAGGGGCGGCGGGCCGCAGCCUGAGUGCCCGCUCCCUACGCCAGCGCCUCCGGGACACCAUGGGCUUGUGCCUCCCUCUGUCGCCCCGCAGGCGGUCGCGCUCCACCUCCUCCAAGCCUGCCUCCUGCUCCCUCACCUUCUCCACCGUCUCCUCGGCCUCCUCGGCCUCCUCUUCCUCCUCCUCCGCCUCCUCGGCCGCCUCCUCCUCCUGCACCUCCUCCUCCUCCAAGCGGAAGAUCCACCUGACGGAGCUGAUGCUGGAGACGUGCCCCUUCCCGCCGGGCUCGGACCUGGCCAACAAGUGGCACCUGAUCAAGCAGCACACGGCGCCCGUCACGCUGCAGGCCUCCAGCGCCCUCUUGACCUCCGACCCCUCGGAGGCCGGAGCAGCGUCCGCCAACGCAGCCGGACACUCGCAGAUGGCAGCGGAGGACGAGGAGGAGCGCAUGCGCGAGCGCCGGCGAAUCAGCAUCGAGGAAGGCGUGGACCCGCCCCCCAACGCCCAGAUCCACACCCUGGACGCAGGCCUUCCCCCCAGCUCGGCCUCCUCCUCCUCCAUCUACAAACUGGGACCAAGGAUGGCGCCGUCCUGCGGCGGCCUUAGCGACGCUAGCUGUGGCAGCGGUGCGGGAGGAGGAGUAGGCGUAGGGGAGUCGGCGUCGACCACAGCCCUGCGGGGUAACCUGGGGGGCAUGGUGACGUCGGGGAGCGUGCUCGGCGGGCUGGUGGCGCAGGCUCUCUCUGGCCUGUCUGCCUCGUCAUCCUUCUCCCACCCGCCCGUGUCGGAGGACUGCGACUCCGAAGAGGAUACGACAACGCUGUGCUUGCAGGCGCGGCGGCCCAAGCAGAGGCACGCGUCUGGCGGCGGGGACGGCCACUCGUCGCGGCAGGGCGGCAGCGGUAGCGGCGGAGGCGCUGGGGGCUCGUCGUCGUCGAGCGGCGGCGGCGGCGGGCCCUGGAAGGUGCACACGCAGAUCGACUACAUCCACUGCCUGGUGCCGGACCUGCUGCGCAUCGCGGCGCUGCCCUGCUACUGGGGCGUGAUGGACCGCUACCAGGCGGAGGCGCUGCUGGACGGCCGGCCCGAGGGCACCUUCCUGCUGCGCGACUCGGCCCAGGAGGACUACCUCUUCUCCGUCAGCUUCCGGCGCUACAACCGCUCGCUGCACGCGCGCAUCGAGCAGUGGAACCACAACUUCAGCUUCGACGCGCACGACCCCUGCGUCUUCCACGCCUCCACGGUCACGGGCCUGCUGGAGCACUACAAGGACCCCUCGGCGUGCAUGUUCUUCGAGCCGCUGCUCACCACGCCGCUGCACCGCACCUUCCCCUUCGGGCUGCAGGCGCUGGCCCGCGCCGCCAUCUGCCAGCGGGUCUCGUACGACGGCAUCGCGGCACUGCCCCUGCCGCCCGCGCUGCAGGACUUCCUCAAGGAGUAUCACUACAAGCAGAAGGUGCGCGUGCGGUGGCUGGAGCGGGAGCUGCCCAUUCGGGGCAAAUGAACAAGAGGCACCCCAAUUGUGGGUCGCCGUGCGCUUUUAAAAAAAAAAAAAGGAGUGGUGAUGGUGGUGGUGGUCGUGGAAAAGGGAGGAUGUAGGGGGUUGAGUCUCUGAGUCCCCUGACUAACAGAGCAUCGGAGCAGAUUACGAGUGUGUGAUGUCGAUUGCGAGGCUUGUGUUUUCCAGAACUUCACUCUGUGUUCCAGACUUUUCGAGGGUGGCUGGUGGGGACGGGGAAAGAUCCUGAAAGCGACUGUUAGUAACCUUGUCACCCCCACCUCCAGUCCCUGUGGACACAAACACUCUCUCCCACACACACACACAUGCGCGCUCACACACACACACACACACACACACACACACACACACACACACACAGACAAAUACACUGUCUUGUUGCUCUCACACACACUCUAAUACAAGCGCACUCCACGCCACCUCACCCCAGCAGGAGCAGAAAGGGUCAAGAGCCACCAGCCUCGCAAGAAAGUGUGCAUUACCAAGAGACAUGCUGUGGACAUGCGGACAAUUCUCACACACAUCACACACCUCUUUUAAUCUCCUGUAUUCUAACCAUAACUCAAGUCACAUGGAACACACAGUUUAUGGGUGGACUUUCAUACAGUACAGACAUACUACCCGUAGUAACAACGCUCUUUUUUUAUUUCCUUCAUCGUUUUUGUUUUGUUUUGUUUUAUUCUUUUUUUAAAUCCAACCGUUAAUUUGGGAAGGCAAAAACCCAUUCUUUUACUUCAUUAUUUUUUUUUCUAAAUGGAUAACUCUUCUGUGUUUUUCUCUCAGUUUUUUUUUUUUGCCUCUCUUUCUCUGUGCUAACACCCCCUCCCCCAUUCGCCUAUCUGCCAAAAAAAAACGUCUCAAAAGAGUGUCACUCUUCCGCUUCGACUGUGUGACAAAUGGCCAUCCCCAUCAUUCCCACGCACGUUCCAUCAUGUGGCUUAAGCCAAACGGCUCUGGCAUUUCGCUAGCUGAUAAGACGCCUAGUUAAAAGGACACUGCAAUGCCUGCCUGCUGCGCUAGCCGGUACAGUUAGACGAGCUGUCUUUUGCAAAGCAGCGGACACUUGAAAGCCUGCAAUACUAGACAAGCUGUCUUUGCAAACAGUCAAGUCAGACACGUUUGGCCUGGACGUGACUUUUUAGACGCAGCAUGACUUGUAGUAGAUCUAACUUCCAGGAUUUAACACGACUUAGCAGAGGGGUCAAGUCUCCCUGUGUUUUUUGCAGUUCAGUCCUGUCCAGUGUCCAUUUCUUGACUUUUAGUGGUACUAGAGGUAGUACUAACUAACCCAGGACAUCUGAGAGGACCCAUGGUGGAGAUCUCGAUGUUAGGCUUUGUUCUGAAAGCACAACGCUCCUGUUUAACAGAAUGGAAUGAAAACAUGUAGUGGGGAAAAAAUGUGGUUUUGUGUUAAAACGAAAACAGAGAGAGAAGAAGUUGCAAGGUUUUUUUUAUUGCACUCUGCAUUUGUCAGACUUGGGAACAGUGAUUUGCUUGAAGGGAUCUGACCUGACCAGAGGCCCAAGUCACUGCUAUUUUGCUCCGGAAGGUUCUAUACAGUGUUAACUGAAACCGGUAGAGCUCCUUUGGCAUGGCCAGUGUGCGUACUGUACGUCGUAGUCAGAUUUAGCAAGAGGCGGCUUCAUGGGUGGGGUUGAACACUUUGGGGAUGUCCUCGGUGAGCAUAUCCUAUUUUAUUCCAUCCAGGGAGAGCAAAGCUGACACAGUAUGUGCUAGUCAACAUAGGGUAACACUUUAUUGGGUGUGGUCGACAUACGGGUGUCGUGUAACCAUGAACAAGAACAUGACACAUGUCAGGACACAUUGAAGACACAAUAUUGAUGUUGUCAUGAUGUGUCAUUCGGUAUUUGGGAUGUCAAGCUGACAUUUGUUGUAAAUCACAUGGGGCAGCCAUGGCUCAGUGGUUAGAGCACUGGCCUUAAGAUCAGAGGGUUGCAGGUUCAAAUCCCACCCUUACCAGCACCUUCAUCCAUGGCUGAAGUGCCCUUGAGCAAGGCACCUAACCCCACAUUGCUCCAGGGCCUGUAACCAAUACCCUGAACCUUAAUAAGUGUAAGUCGCUUUGGAUACAAGGGUCAACUAAGUGUAAUGUAAAAUGUAAUGAUAAAUGUUCACAACACUGUUCAUUCUCCCAGUUGUAUAAUGGCACGACGUUUCGGACCACAGUCCUUCAAGUGCAACAGUGUUGCCGACGUUUAUCAUUUACCUCAGUUAUUUUGUUUUGUCCAGCACCUGUGCCACUGAUUCUCUGUGUUCUUGAAGUUGACAUCUGGUGCCAUGACAUUACAAAAACUGAAUGGCACAUUAUAACAACGCAGUCAUAAUGUCCGAUAGUCACCUGUGGACAAUACAUUAUCCCUUACAUCAUGAGUAAUUGAUGUUCUUGACAUGUGUCAAUCAUGUCAUUCUUAUGACGUUUACAUGACACCCUUACAUAGACCACAAUAAAAUGUCAGAUGUGCAUAGCGCCAGUCGGUAUUACUUCUGUAUGCCUCGCCGUCACCAUGCUUUGUAAAGCACAAAUAGGUUAUUCUAGCAGCAGCAGCACCACACACAUACAGUGUAUCGAGUGCUUUAGAAACAGAGCAUCUAUCUGCAUAGUCAUAGCUGUUUUUUCACUGUGCUAGCCUAUCAGAGGCUCUCCUCUACAGAAGCAUUUCAGACGUGCCUGUCAUGUCAUGUUAUACUAACUACAGUAUAUUACACCGUAAAAAAACACACACAACCUCACAUACACAGACUCAAGUCUUUUUUUUUUCUUUUUUGGAAAGAGUAGAUGGUCAUGUCUUCCUUAACAGUUAUGGUUUUGAACUGGCACACACAUACACAUGCAAACACAUACACAUGUGCGCUUCCAUACCUGCCUUUUUUACCUGGAAGGAAACUCAGCAACAACAGCUUUGUGAGCUUAACCAAACACGCCGAGUGUCUGUGACUGAGCAUGGACGAGUGUCUGUCUGGUGUGUGUGUGAGAGACUGAGUGUAGUAAGGGGCAUUCAGUACAGCCGUUUCACCAUCUUGCUAGCCAUACACUAUUUCCAUGUGCGACCGAGGUCAUUGUGCGCUGGUUCUACACUCGGGGCUCGAAUCUGUGACCACCCUGCAAACGUCUUGGGAGGCAUGUGUGGCGGACACGCUAAGUUCGCUAAGUUCACUAGCUCAGUCACCACCAGUGUAUCUGCAUGAGGCUUCAGGAGGAAGGAUCGCUAAUGUGCUACUGCUGAACUCCGCUAGUUGGCAUCUGUUACACAUGUCGCAUUGCUCAGCGACUGUAGGCCAUGGUCCCACCGCAUCCCCGCACUCGUAGGCAGCAUCUCAUUUGUUUUGUCUGUUCAUAGGGAUUUCGGUUCCCAUCUGCAACCUGCUCUCUUUAAGCAUCAUCAGGUGUGCUCUACUCUCCAGUCGACUGCAUGGACAUUAAAACCCUCUCGUAACCAUUAUGCACUAGUCCAUGCCAGAUGAAGGACAAAGUAGUUGAGCACUGUUUAAUAGAUGUGCUACACUGAAAACAAAGACAAACAGAGAUAGCCAAUAUUUAUAUCAAAAUGUACUUAUUUUAUGAAAGUAUAUUGUGUGGGUCUGCAAUGAUAUAGGUCUAGAAGAAGGAGUACAUGUUAGUAUAUUCUGUUGGACUGAGGAGAAC